CCACCCACCUCACUCCUUUGAGCCUGGACUCAGUCAGGAAGUAUCAGCAGAACCUUGACAACUUUAGGAUGACUUAAAUCAGUCCUCAGAUCCUGCUUCUCGCCCCACGAAGGGCUUAAAUCAUUCAUCACUUUAUUAAGGAUUUUUUUUUCUCACAAUCAGCGCUAAAAUCAUAUCUGCAAGUUUUGACUCUCCCAGCCAGGUGCAUGUUGAAAGGACAACUCAGUCUGCAGGAAAAGACAUGGGGAUGGAAACUUUCUCCAGAUCUCAGCUUCAGCAGGAGUUGAAUUUGCGAUGCUUCAAAUUGGCCGCCAACAACAACAGAGGCUUCAAACAAGAGUUCGGGGAGCUGCACAAUGUCGGCAGAGAUCUCCCUGCCCGAGCAGGAGUCUUGGAGCCCAACAAAGAAAAAAACAGAUAUUCUUGCAUUUUGCCAUAUGAUCACUGCCGGGUCAGGUUAUCCAUUCAAAACCUAGACCCACAUUCAGACUACAUCAAUGCCAAUUUUGUGCCUGGUGGGGGAUCAGAACGAGACUUCAUCUGCACCCAGGGUCCUUUGCCAAACACCAUCGCCGACUUUUGGAGGAUGGUGUGGGAGCAAAAUGUCAGGAUAAUUGUCAUGGUGACAGCUCUGCGAUACAAGGACACAAUUCUGUGUGAUAAAUACUGGAUGAUGGAUGAGGGGACAGCUUAUCACGGGUCGCUUCAGGUGACGACUGUAGCUCGGAAACAAGGUCCGGAUUAUUUUAUCACAACCGUUAACCUGCGACAGAGAGACAGCCCCAUCGACAGGAUAAUCACACACUACCAAUACCCCUCCUGGCCAGACUGUGGUGUCCCAAACCCAUCUUCUCUCUGUGCGUUCACUGAGCACAUCAGGCAGCAUUUAGAAGCCAUUCCUCGUCUGGGACCAGCUGUGGUGCACUGCAGUGCAGGCGUUGGCCGCUCGGGGACGUUUGUUGCUUUGUUGUGGAUGAUGCAGCUGUGUGUCCGAGGGAUCACACCUGACAUUAAAGCCGCUGUGAAGGACCUGCGACUGCAUCGAAUGUGGACAGUCCAGACCCUGGAGCAGUACAUGUGUGUUCAUCAGUGUCUGGUGUACUGGCUGAGUGGAGGAUCAUCACUGAGCCCACAGACCCACAGUAAUUACCAACCACUGAGCUCGUCAGGACGAGAGGACCGAUCGGGGAGGAGGAGACGGCACCAACGACAGAAAUCAACGUCAGAGCAGCAGAACUCACUCCAGAUUUUUAAUCCCGGGAACCUGCUGAGACGACUAAUGCCCUCCUUAUCUCAGCCA